AGACGACGUACGGGGGGGGGGGGGGGGAGAGACAGGCGGACGGGCGGGAGGGCGAGCGGCGUCAGCGGAGGCGCUGGGAGCGGCCCGGGCUUUUGACGGCGGCGGAGGCGGCUGGGAGAGGAGAGCCCGAGAGCGCGGACCCAUGGCGCAGAGGUACGAUGAGCUGGGCCAUUACGGCGGCAUGGACGGGGUCGGGGUGCCGGCCUCCAUGUACGGGGACCCGCACGCGCCGAGGCCCAUGCAGCCCGUGCAUCACCUGAACCACGGGCCGCCUCUGCACGGCCACCAGUACCCGCACCCCGCGCACGCGGGCGUCAUGUCAGCCGGAAUGGGCUCGCCCGUCAACGAUGCGCUCAAGAGGGACAAGGACUCCAUUUACGGACAUCCGCUGUUCCCGCUGCUGGCCCUCGUGUUUGAGAAGUGCGAGUUGGCGACAUGCACCCCGAGGGAGCCAGGAGUCGCGGGGGGCGACGUUUGCUCUUCCGACUCCUUCAACGAGGAUCUGGCCGUGUUCGCCAAGCAGGUCCGAGCGGACAGCCCCUUCUACACCUCGAACCCGGAGCUCGACAAUCUGAUGAUCCAGUCAAUUCAAGUGUUAAGAUUUCACUUACUCGAGUUGGAAAAGGUUCACGAACUCUGCGACAACUUCUGCCACCGGUACAUCAGCUGCCUCAAGGGCAAGAUGCCCAUAGACCUGGUCAUCGACGACCGGGACGAGAGCAGCACCAAGGGAGACGACGACGUCUCGCGGCCCUCCUCCAGCAACCUGGUGGAGCAGAUGGCCCCGAACCCGUCGCUGUGGAACCGGGACCACGAUGACGUCCUCUCCACGCACUCCGGCGGAACUCCGGGGCCCUCGAGCGGCGGACUCGCCUCGCAGAGCGGCGACAACAGCAGCGAGCAAGGGGACGGCCUCGACAACAGCGCGGCCUCCGAGGGGGGCGACGACGACGACCUGGACAAGGACCGGAAACGGGACAAAAAGCGGGGGAUCUUCCCCAAGGUGGCCACCAACAUCAUGCGGGCCUGGCUCUUCCAGCACCUGACGCACCCGUACCCGUCGGAAGAACAGAAAAAGCAGCUGGCGCAAGACACUGGAUUGUCCAUCCUUCAAGUCAACAACUGGUUUAUCAACGCCAGGCGAAGGAUAGUUCAGCCUAUGAUUGACCAGUCGAAUCGAACAGCUCAAGGCUCGGGGUACAGCCCUGACGGGCAGCACUUGGGAGGGUUUGUAAUGGACGGGCAGCAGCACAUGGGCCUCCAUCCGCCUGCAGGGCCCAUGGCUGGCAUGGGCAUGGGCAUGGAGGGCCAGUGGCAUUACAUGUGACUUCAGCAGUCGGGUCGUGCAAGGUCAAUGGAGGUUACUUCAGAAUCUGGGAUUUUCCACCGAACAUCGAUUACCAACAAUUUCCUUACGUGUAUUCAAAAUAUGUUAUAGCUAUACCUAAGUCAGCAAACCCCUUAAAAAAAGAAAAAAACUGUAAAAAAAAGAGAGAAUUUUUUUUUUGCUGUAAAUAUUAUUUAAAAUUGAUCAAUGUUACUGUAUAGGCACUGCAAAUGCAUUGAGCGAACCGGGUUUGCUAUGCGAAUUUUCAACCACGGCAAGACCUCGAGGAAACAGCGGCGACACGUAACAGCGAGGCACGCUCACCUACGGAGCGACUCGGCACUUUGACAGCCCCACACCUCCGUGUCACUUUCACACAGCUCUCGGGAGAGUCUGCGGAGAAAUUCCAGGUUCUGAAGUGACCUUCUGAAGAAACCAUGCCGUCAUAGAUCUCGACGACCCACUGCCCCACAAAAGGACCUUGCCCAAGUAAAACACGACGAACCCUCAAGGGAUUAAUAUGCGACACUCUAUUUAAAAGGGACCAGCAACAGCAGGAUGGCCAAUUUGCCGUUUGUAUUAUUUAUAAAUGAAGAGACAGUGAAAACACUAUAAAUAUAUGCUUACUGGCAUGCAAGAGACAGUUUUUAGUUUUUUUUUUCCUUUUCGUGUGUCCUUAAACAAAAAAAAUGAAACUACCGUUUGCAAUGCGUGGCAUGCCUAUGAGAAAUGUUCCACCGACUGUGACAACACCUGCUUCUACUGUUUCGAGUUGAUUCUCCUUUUUGCUCCGGUUUUCGGAAGACCACGCCACACACAACUGUUCUCGCAACAGGGUACUCAAGCAACAACAAACGGAGAAGAAGGAGACGUUGAAGGAGACUUAAAACAAAGGGAAAGCCAGAUCGUGGAGAGAAUCGCCGUUGUGAUAUUCCUCUUCUGCCGACGACGAUCCUUGUUCCCAGGGUCGUUGUGUGGAGGGCCGGAUUUUCUCAGCUGUGACGUCAAUCAAGCAAUAUGUGUGGCCCCCUGCCCGUUAAGUUCUUCCUAAAAAAAAAACUCCGGCUCAUUGAGAAGAAGCUUUUUGUUUUAUCUCCGCAAAUGGCCCCAGGAAUGGGAAAUAUUUCACCUUGGCUGUUUUAUUUUUGCCAGCAAGUGCAAACCACCGUAAUGUCCGAGACUGAGCUUGAUGUUUUGUACUUUUGUUUGUUUGUUGUUGUUGUUGUUUAUUAUUUCCGUGCGUCCGUUGUCUGCACACAUUUUACGAAGUUCCAGAGGCUGUAGCUUGAUUUAAGGAAGAAGUUGGAACAUUCCGGGAUUGCAACUAGUGCAGAGUGUGGGUCUCAAUAACAUUGCAUGCCUGUUGUCGUUUGUGAACAAAUAAAGUAAAAGAAUUAAUAAUAAAAAAUUAACAAACACAUUAAAAAACAAUGUUAUGCACUAGCAGCCUUGGCUUGCUUCUGUAGUUUCCGAAAUAACCCGAGGAUAUCUUCUAAAGAAUACCCUCCACGGACGGUACUGUUGUAUUUAAUACUGACGAGGGAGACUUUUUUUUUUCUGCGAAUGUGUUCACCUCCAUGGCUUUGCUGUGUUCGAUUGCUGUUACGUGUGCACCUUUUAGUCAAGGUACUUUUUGCAAGGUCGCGCGUACCCUUUACGAAGGUACUCGGGAUUCCAUUCUGCUCUCGAUCGCUCUGGAAAGUGCUCGGUUUAUCCUCCCCCCCCCCUCUCUGUGCACUAGGCCGGGCCGAAUCCUUCCCCGUAUUCCUCGUGGAAGAGUCCGCUCCAAAGGGACGGUGUAAUUGGCAGUCGGAAAGAGGCGGUUUGUUACGGUGUGGUAGUAGGCAGCGCAUAAAAAAAAUUAAACGGUUUGAAAUCUGUUGAGGAAUUGCUACGAAAAUAAGUCAACAAAUCUCUGCCCCCCCCCCACCUUCCUUGUGUUUUUCAGAGACUUAAUUGACGUGCAGUGACUGCUAUAUGUAUGCACUGUCAUAGGCUAAUUCAUGAGUGUCGCGCGCACACACACGCAACAUGUUUUCUUUCAUGCGCCGUUCUUUCCAUUUUAGGAAUUUUUCAAGACGUGAGUGAUGCCCUCCCCUCCCCCCCCCCCCUUUUUUUGUUGUUGUUUGGAUCCCGAAAGAGAAAUCCCUGACAUUCCACUGCAAGUUUAAAAUGUUUAUCAGAAGCUCACGUGUAAGCAAGUGUGAGGGACAUUUUUAUACUUAAUGUUGUACAGUCAAUAAAAAGUCUUUGAUCUUUUAA